AUGUCCGAAGAUCAACAGCAGCAAUGGAAUAGGUGGCGUGAGGAUUUACCAAAGCUUGAAAACUUCUCUGUGCCCCGAUGUCUACGUUCAGACGAUCUGGACAAAAUAGUACAUAGCCAGCUGCACCAUUUUUCGGAUGCAUCAGAAGGAGGUCUUGGCGCAACAAGCUAUCUCAGACAGGAAGACGUUAAUGGACGUGUUCACUGCGCACUAGUUAUGACCAAGGUAAAGCUAACCCCAUUAAAGACCACCACUAUCCCAAGGCUCGAACUGACUGCAGCUGACGAAGCAGUGAAACUAGACAAACUGUUGCGUAGCGAACUUGAGAUUCCUCUUUGCGAGUCUAUUUUCUGGACGGACAGUAUGAUUGUACUAUAUUACAUAAGGAAUGAGGCAAAGAGAUACCAAACAUUCGUUGCAAACAGGGUGGCUAAGAUCCAUGAGAACACUGUGCCCACACAAUGGAGGCAUGUACCAACUGAUCAGAAUCCAGCAGAUGACGUAUCACGAGGUAUGACAGCUGAUGAACUGAUUGGAAAUGACCGGUGGAAACACGGACCCGAAUUCCUGAAGAAACCAGAGACGGACUGGCCAAACCAGCCAAUUAUUGAUAAACACCAGACUGAAGGAAUUGAGGUCAAACCCGAGGUGAAGGUUUAUGUAACUGGUGAGAUUCCAGAUCAAGGACACCAGGCUAUCAGCAGGAUAAUAAAUCACUAUUCCUGUUUGUAUAGGCUCAAGAAGGGGAUGGCAUGGUUGCUGCGACUGAAGAAGGUGCUGCGUCAGAAGGUCAGGAAUAAGGGUAAUCCAGUGCAAGGACCCUCGACCUCUCCUUGUGGUGGUCUUACUGUGAAUGAGCUUUGGGAAGCCGAGCAGGAAGUGCUCAAAUUCGUGCAAAGGAAGGCGUUUGAUGAUGUCCAGUCCAAGACCGGCAAGCUAAGAAAGUUGAACCCAGUGCUGUAUGUCAAUGGAGUCCUGCGCGUGGGUGGUCGUCUGGGAAAUUCCAACCUGCCUGAUCAGACGAAACACCAGAUCAUAUUGCCUAAGAAAGGUCACGUGGUCGACCUGAUAGUUCAAUAUUUCCACAAUUUGACGGGCCAUUCCGGAUCAGAAAGGGUGCUGACAGAAAUCUGA